AUGGACGGCAGUCUUGAAGAACAUGUAUCGAAUACAGAGGGUUCAUCUCCUUUUGAUAAGAUUAAAACACACUUUCCUCCCGCCAAAAUAAAGAAAAUAAUGCAAACAGAUGAGGAUAUAGGAAAAGUUUCUCAAGCAACACCAGUGAUUACUGGGCGCUCUCUCGAGUUUUUCAUUGCAAUGCUAGUAGAGAAGUCCAGUCAGGUGGCACGUGAGCAGGGAUCUAAGCGUAUUAGUGGAGAUAUUAUGAAGAAGACCAUUAUGGCAGAUGAAAAGUUCGACUUUUUACGCGAAAUUGUAUGUCCAGAUGCUGUUCCUUCGGAUGCUGAAGAUGCAGGUGCUGCAGGUGGGGAUAUAGAAGCCUAA